UGCAGAGAAAUUGAGUUCUUCUCUCUCUCUCUCUCUCUCUCUCUCUUUCUCAGCACACAAUUUCGACCAACCGACUGUAAUUAAGACGAAUGUGGGAUGCGCGUCCGCACAGAAUGAGCAAAGCGCCCGGAUUGGUGCACACAGGGAGAGCUCCGGGCCACUGCAAAGACAAUUUGCCCGCAUUGCAUCACGGACACGACACCCGGUAUCCCGCUGUUUCCCUCCCACUUCAUCCGCAGCCGAUCGGGUCUCAGUCGCGUGGUAUGGUGCAGUUUGUGGGACCAACAGUCCAAUAGUCGCUGUGGCUGUGACAGGCAGCCUGUUGCGGCUCCGGCUCUCUGCUCAGGAGCCGGUAAUUACGCACCGAGCUGACAACUUUGGCGCUGUGCUUUAUGGAUUGCGCAUCAGCAACUGUGCAAUCAUUGGGACCUAAACUGAUCUCCUUGAAGUGGCCAUUCCUGGGAGUCGUUCUCCUCAGUCGCAGCCUGCUCACAUCAUCGAUUAAGUUUUCAGAGCAACCAGUGGCUGUGUGUCCUUUUACUGCAGACAUGAUUCCGCCGAGGCGCAAUAAAAGGAGACAUCUGACGGUCCUAAAUCUGUAGCCCCGGGAGAAAACAAGACAGCAGAGUGUGAAGAGCAGCCCCUGGAGAAACCAUGUAUGGGCGGUACACCCAGGAACUAGGUGUGUAUGCCAAGGAGGAAGCGGCUCGUCUGCGUGACGGAGGAGUCCGGGACGGCGCAGGCCUGCGGAGGAACACCAGUGUUCGUAGUCGCACUGCAGAUCUGCUGGAGUAUCAGAAGGAUCCUUGUGCAAAGUGUCAGUCAUGUGCGUCUCGCUGCCAAAAGUUCCUGAUCUCGCGGGUGGGAGAGGACUGGAUCUUCCUCAUUCUGCUCGGACUCCUGAUGGCUCUGGUCAGCUGGGUCAUGGACUACGCCAUCGCCUUCUGCCAAGAAGCACAGAAGUGGAUGUACAGUGGGCUGGACAGUAACAUGCUCCUGCAGUAUAUUGCCUGGGUCAGCUACCCUGUGGUGCUCAUCACCUUCUCAGCAGGAUUUACACAGAUACUGUCUCCUCAGGCUGUGGGUUCAGGUAUUCCCGAAAUGAAGACGAUACUACGAGGGGUCGUCCUGAAGGAGUAUCUGACUUUCAAGACUUUUGUGGCCAAAGUCAUCGGCCUGACCUGCGCUCUCGGCAGCGGGAUGCCCCUCGGGAAGGAGGGCCCCUUUGUUCAUGUUGCCAGUCUGUGCGCAGCUCUCCUGAGUAAAUUCAUGGCUGCAGUUUUCGGAGGGAUUUACAUGGAAGAGCCCUUUGAGGGGAACAAGAACGAGCUGAGGAACACUGAGAUGCUGUCUGCCGCCUGUGCCGUCGGUGUGGGCUGCUGCUUUGCUGCACCCAUCGGGGGGGUGCUGUUCAGUAUUGAAGUUACGUCCACGUUUUUCGCUGUAAGAGAUUACUGGAGGGGCUUCUUCGCUGCAACCUUCAGUGCUUUUAUUUUCAGAGUGCUGGCAGUGUGGAACCAGGAGGAAGAAACCAUCACCGCUCUCUUCAAGACCCGUUUCCGUCUAGACUUCCCGUUUGACCUUCAGGAGCUGCCGGCGUUCGCCAUUCUCGGGAUCGCCUGUGGGUUUGGUGGCGCUCUGUUUGUCUACCUGAACCGUCACAUUGUGGAGUGCAUGAGGAAACAGAAGACCAUAAACAAGUUCUUACUGCGGAAUCCGUCUCUUCCUGUCAGGCGUCUGGUGUAUCCUGCUCUCGUCACUCUGCUCGUCUCCACGCUCACGUUCCCUCCAGGAUUUGGCCAGUUUAUGGCUGGACAGCUGACCCAGCACGAGUCGCUGGUCGCUCUGUUCGACAACCGUACGUGGUGCCGUCAGGGUGUCGCCGAGGAGUUUGACUACAUAAGCCAUCACCAUGGCUGGAAACACCCCCAGGUCAACAUCUUCAUCACUCUAAUCCUCUUCAUCAUCAUGAAGUUCUGGAUGUCAGCUGUGGCCACAACUCUUCCAGUUCCAUGUGGUGCUUUCAUGCCUGUUUUCCUUAUUGGGGCAGCAUUUGGCAGACUUGUUGGAGAGAUCAUGGCCUCCAUGUUUCCUGAUGGCAUUCACGCUGACGGCACCGUGUAUCCCAUAGUCCCUGGUGGUUAUGCUGUAGUUGGGGCUGCAGCUCUGUCUGGAGCGGUCACCCACACUGUAUCCACGUCAGUCAUUGUUUUUGAGCUGACCGGUCAGAUCUCCCAUAUUCUGCCUGUGAUGAUCGCGGUCAUUCUGGCCAACGCCGUGGCCCAGUCGCUCCAACCAUCACUGUACGACUCCAUCAUCCGCAUCAAGAAGCUUCCCUAUCUGCCGGAGCUGGGAAUGGGGCAUCAUGAGAAGUACAAUAUCCGUGUGGAGGACAUAAUGGUGCGAGACUUGCGCUACAUCACUCUUAACUCCUCGUAUCGUGAUCUGCAGGAGGUGCUGCUGACGAGUCAGCUCAAAACGCUGGCGCUGGUGGAAUCCAGAGAAUCCAUGAUUCUGCUGGGCUCCAUAGAGCGACUGCAGCUCCAGUCUCUGCUUUCUCUUCAGCUGGGACGCCAGAGGAGGCUGGAGUACCUCUGCCAGCUGGCCCAGGACAACGGCACCAAUGACCACCUGUCCAGCCUGACCACCGACAGCACACCCAGCUCGCCCUGUGCCCACACCGCACAUGCAAACACCUCCACCAGCGCUCGCCAAGUGGUCCGCUUCCUGGUGAGCACCCAACAGAUCUCCACAGAGGAGUCGUCCACCUUCAGUCCAGUGGCUUCAAAUGUGCAGCUCCCUCUGAAAUCAGCCUUGAAGACUGUGUCUGCCAUCAGUGACACCGAGACACCAAACAGUUCUCAGACUCUUUCCUGUGCCGACCAAGACAGAGAGCUGCUGGAGAGUCCGGCUGGGCCGGCUCCUCCUGAUCAAAGAGCGACCAGGCCCAAAAGAGUGAGGAUCUCCAUGGCGGACUCUACUGAAGUUGAGGACUGCAUGACUCCCUCGGAGAUAGCAGAGUGGGAAGAGCAGCAGCUGGAUCUGCCAGUGGAUUUUAAAAACUGCAAGAUAGAUCCUGCACCUUUCCAGCUGGUGGAGCAAACAUCUCUGCACAAGACUCACACCAUCUUCUCUCUGUUGGGUCUGGAUCACGCCUACGUGACCAGCAUGGGUCGUCUGGUGGGCGUGGUCUCUCUCAAAGAGCUUCGUAAAGCCAUUGAAGGAUCUGUGAUUGUGACGGGAGUGAAAGUACGCCCCCCACUGGCCAGUUUUAGAGACAGCGGUAACAGUACAAGCGUGUCCGAAGUGACUGAAUUGCACAAGCUGUGCAUCCGCCACCGGGGGCUGACUUUGCCCCGGGAAUUAAACCGCCGUGACGUGGAGGACAAGGCCGACCUGGCCUACAAGGAGAUCCCUGUGAACUUCUCUGACCAAACCAAUUUGCAGUUAGAAACCGGUGGCAUUUCCAGUCAGUCGACGGAGCUGGUGCUGCAGGAGAGUCCGUCCUUCACUGAGGACCCUUCAGAGUUCACUUUUGACUGCAGCCCCUCCCACACGGAGGAAUCAGAGCUGGGCUGUGACGAUGACCCCCAGACCCAAACUGCAGAGCAGGAAGAAGGGGAGCAACAACAGGGCAGCCCAUGUCUGAAUGAGGACCAAUCAGAACCUGAGGGGGAGGGUUGCCCCGCCCACACAGAGAAGCAUACAGAAUGAUCUGUGCCAACCAGUUGUCUCCUGAAUGUUGACUUUUAAUACAUGAGUAGAGGGUGCAGUCACCUCUAUGUCCAGCCUGGAAAGACUUGUGAGUGAGUGAGUGAGGGGGGGGAGGGAGAGAGAGAGAGAGAGAGAGAGAGAGAUUUAGUUUUGUUUGUUUCAGACAGUGUGGAUGUCAGUUUUAUGGGUUUAUUUUGUAUUUGAGCUUUAAAUUUUGUCAACAAAUCCAAUAAGAGGACCAAAGGGCAUUCUAUUGUCAUACCUGACAGAACUAAUUGUAAUAAUUAAUUAAUAAUGAUUAGUAUGACAUUUGUGCAACUUCUGGGUGUAGUAUAUGUGGCCCCCAUAUACUGUACACACACACUUUGGUUUUUCUGCCCAACACAAAAGACCAGGUGCAGGAAGUUUAUUCACAAGCUCCACACUAACAUUCAUCCAACUCACAGAGAGACAGGGUCAGGCAGGAACAGAAGGAAUUGAACCGUCGUCACAGGAACCAGCAGGACUCUUCUAUGACCAACAUACAGCAACCCAGCACAGACUGAGUAAGGGAGAGAGGUGUAUAUGCCCAGGGCACCAGGUGAGACGAGUGAGACUAAUGAACAGGGCAACAAGUGAGCCUCAUGAUACUAAUUAGCCCAGAAGGGCAGAGAGGCAGACAGACCUGCUCAUCAGAGACAGACUGUAGCUGAAUGGAAUGUCUAUUAGUACAGACCUGUAUUAACCUGAGCGCUGUGUGAUUGAUUCCAGACUCAGUGGAACUUUAAUCUCAGUAGGCUGAUGGCAAAACUGAUGGAUUCCUGUGUUUUGUUUUGUUUUUUCAAUAUUCGUAGAAAUCCAUGGUGUCGGAGGGGAAAAAAAUCCACAUUUUAAUCAUUUGUUGAAAAGUAAAACAGCUCUGGUCUUUUAAUAUUAUUUUGUGACAAUAAGAAGUUAGAAACAUACCCAAAUGUUUGUGUGGUUGUGAAUACAACAAUGUGUGUGUGUAUGUGCCAUACCGGAAACAUUUCCAGUCUUUGAGACAUAAUUUUCCAACAACAAACAAUAUGACUCCAGGUGGUUUUAAUGAAAUGAGGUUAAUUUUAAAAAUAGAAAAUAAAAGCACAGAUGACCCAAAAAAAAACAAAAAACACUGGAAGCACACGAUGCUCCUGUUUUCUACAAAAUAAGAAACCCUUACUGAGCAGAAGGUCUAUGAUGUGGACUUUCUGAAUGAUAAUAAACUGGUGUUACAGUGUAUGAGACUGUGGAGCACAUUUACUGAUGUGAGUAACGAGUGUUUUCAUCAGUACAUCUACGUCACUGCCAAAGACUGAUUUCUGGGAAACUCAUUUUCAGAGAAACUGAUGAAAUGACGAUGAAAACAAUGUGCAAAAAAUACUGACAAUUUAUUUGUUAAUGCACCUCAACUUUAAUUUAAUUUGGUAAAUGGAAAGUGGAAAGUGGAAUGUUACAGUUUGUUCUGUUCAUUAUGUUAUUUAUUGGAACCUGACUGUCCAAACACUGCACAUGCAUUCUGGUUUAACUUCAGCUGCUCAACAAUUGUCAUGUGAUCGUUGUGGUCAGAUGCUGCACUUUCUGAUGCAGCUGACCUUUUUAACCAGGAGAUAAAUCAGGGCCGCAGACGGACCAGUCGAACAGACCACUGUACCUAAAGCCACAUACUUGUACAGAAUGAAGUCUGAAGUUCCCGUGCUGUGAAAUCACAGACAUCUUCACAGGAGCAUAUGUCUCUAAAAUUAAAAAUGUCAUUGUCAAUACAGCGUAGUCACAAACUCUAAAUCGUGUAAUUCACUAUGAUUUGGACAAGCAGUUUCUGGAAAUGAGUUCUGUACAUCACAUAUAGUCUUGGAUCAGCUGGGCUUCAUCCACUCACCACCUCAUCACACACCAAAGGCAGCUUGAGUUGAGGCCACACAGGUCGGUGCAGGGCUGCACUGCACGCUGAAGCACAUUGUAAUUACCAUGGCUGUAAUUUACCGCACAAUGGCUUUUAAGGGGUAAAUACCUGUGAGAACUGGAGGCAGUCCUUCAUUAAAGCAGCUCCUACAUCUUCUGCUGUGUUAAUUUGCUGUGUUUAAUGUGUUUCCUGGAUCACUAAUGGCGUUUCCGCACUCCCUGUCAACCUCUGUGAAGAACAGCACGGUGGUUCAGUGUAUUUUGGUGGAUAUGUAAACAAGCCAAACCUGUCACUGAAAAUUCUCUCAAGUAGACAAAGCAAACCAAU